AUGGGUUCCUGGGUCCUUCUUGCUGUGGUUCUCGGGUCCUUGGUGGGAGCUGCGCGCGGCUCCGAGCCGUGGUCGAACGGCACGCAGGUCUACUCCACCAAUGCCAACUCCGGCAGCGGCAGCAACGGCGCCUUCGUCGCCCUCACUCUCAUCCAGUCCGCGGCCGCCAAGGGAGCCGUAUGCUUGGAUGGAAGUUUACCGGGUUACCACCUACACCGGGGAUCUGGAUCAGGGUCAAACAAUUGGCUUGUCAAUCUGGAGGGUGGAGGAUGGUGCAAUGAUGUUAAAAGCUGUGUGUUCCGCAAGGGCAGUCGGCGUGGGUCAUCGAACCACAUGGAGAGGCAACUCCAGUUUACAGGCAUAAUGAGUAACAGGCCUGAAGAAAAUCCUGGUAUUGAUUUCUACAACUGGAACAGAGUGAAGGUUCGGUAUUGUGAUGGUGGAUCCUUCACCGGUGAUGGGGCUGACGCGGCUUCAGGCCUUUAUUUCCGAGGUCAGCGUAUUUGGCAGGCUGCUAUCGAUGACUUGAUGGCCCAAGGAAUGCGUUCUGCUAGUCAGGCCCUUCUUUCGGGAUGCUCUGCUGGGGGUGCUUCUGCCAUACUUCACUGUGAUGAGUUCCGUGGAAUGUUUCCAUCAAAUACCAGAGUCAAGUGCCUCGCUGAUGCUGGAAUGUUCCUUGACUCUGUUGACAUUGCGGGUCGUCGAGAAAUGAGAGACUUGUUCAAUGGCAUUGUGAGAUUGCAGGGUUCUGGAAGAAGCUUGCCUCGGUCUUGUACCUCUCGCAUGGAUAAAACCUCAUGCUUUUUCCCGCAGAACGUGUUGCCAAAUAUUCAAACUCCGACUUUUAUCUUGAACACUGCUUACGACGUGUGGCAGCUUCAAGAGAGUUUGGCUCCCAGAACGGCUGAUCCCCGGGGUCUAUGGCAAAGUUGCAAGCAGAAUUACGCCUCUUGCAAUAGCAAUCAGCUUCAGUUUUUAAAUGGCUUCAGGAAUGAAAUGCUUAACGCUGUGAAGGGUUUCUCUGGGUCAGGGCAGAAUGGGGUGUUUAUCAACUCUUGUUUCGCCCACUGCCAGAGCGAGAGACAGGAUACAUGGUACUCAAGCAAGUCUCCUCGUCUUGGCAACAAGAGAAUCGCAGAAGCGGUCGGUGACUGGUUCUUCGAGAGGGGCAACGCCAAGUACACCGACUGCGCGUACCCUUGUGACGGCACGUGCCAUCACCUUGUGUUCAAAGGGAGGCAUCUCUAA